AUACUAUUUAGUGAAUAUAACCAUGAUCCAAGUUGUGGAACUACAGUGCACAUGAUGGUUUGGUGGAUGUAAACAGGAAGUCUUCUGUUGCAUGGAGUGGUGAUGAGAUAGCUGUGAGAUAUAACUUUAUUUUAUUUAUUUGAGCCAGAAUACACUGACGAAGAGCUUUGUGAAACUGAAGAACGGAGGAGGAGUAGAGAGAGAGGCGCAACAGGUAACGUUAGAGGACGACAGAGGAGGAAUGGCUGCUGGAAGGAUUUAGCUCUGGAGAUUGGUGGUGUAACGUUACCUGUGAAUGCUGUGCCCCAGUGCCCACAGAAGAGGAAUACCUCUGUUGCAAGGAAUGGGACCGGUUGCAGCCUUAGCUAAAUGGUAAACAACAAACAUGACAACACACCGGUAAGGGUCCGCUGAGGCUACAGACACUACGAAGAGAAGAAGAGAAGAAAGUGCUGCAGCAGUCAUCGUCACCAUGAAGAUGCUGAUUGUGUCUGCACUUGUUUGUGCCAUGAUGGUUCUGACCAGAGCUGCUGCUCCUCCAGAGGAAACUCCUCCAGAGGAAACAGAGAGUCGCCUGGUCAAGAGAUCGACAGCUUGUCCCCCGGGCUGGUCUUUGUCAGGUGGUCGCUGUUACCACUACAAUCCAAGAAAUAUGACCUGGGCUGGAGCUGAGAAAAACUGUCAGGCCCAGGGUGGAAACCUUGCGUCUGUUCACAACAUCCGGCAAUUCUUUCAUGUUCAGAAGCUGAUUUUUCAAGCCACUCGUACAUACGACCUGGCAUGGAUUGGAGGCUCUGAUGCAGAAGAGAAUGGUCAAUGGUUCUGGAGUGAUGGCACACCUUUCCGCUACCGCCACUGGUGUCAUGGAGAGUCUAAUGACGGUGUUGUUGGAGGGCAGCAUUGUCUGCAGAUGAAUUUCUCAGGUCACAAAUGCUGGGAUUACAUCCCAUGCUCCAACCAGUUACCGUCUGUCUGUGUCAUGAAUAGCAAAUGAUUCCAGGUCUGACACAGAGACAUGAAGAACCCAUUAAAAGCACAAACACUUGUGUUGUGCGCAUGCUUUCAUAUACAUCUUUCUUUACACCCUCAGUCUCACAUGUGAGCUGAGUUUGUCUUUGCUAUCGCUGUAACGCUACUGAAGGAAUGAAGCGACAAGUGACAUAAACAGGAGCUGGACUGUCUCUGAGGCCUUGUGCCUUUAAUGAGAGCAGACUGAAUGUGUUAUGAAAAGAAUGCUUUUAGCACAAAUCUACAUAUAUUCUGCAAAGUAAACUCUUCUUUCUUGUCUUAUGCAAAAUUAAAGGCUCAAGCAUCCAAACAAA